AACCAGUACCCUAGUUUCUCUCAGUCUGAGUCUGGCAGUUACAAGCUAAGACAUGUUUUCCCGUCUUCGCAAGCGUUUUGGGAGGGGGAACGUCGAUUGUGGAGAGACUAAAGUGAAGGAAUCUAGCCUUUCGUCUCAAAGUAACGAUGGACAAAGACAGCGUUUCUGGGGAAUGUGGAAUGCUGGGAGAGAAACAUCACCCCCUGAAACUGCCCUAAGUGAGAAGCAGGCCAAGAAGGAAAAGGAGAGGCUGAUUAAAGAGCUGCAGCUCAUUACCGAGGAGAGAAAUGACCUGAGAGAUCGCCUGAGGUUUCUGACAGAGAGAUCUAUGAAAAACAGGCCACACUUCAGGCCAAAUCCAUAUUAUGAAGACCUGGAGAGAAUGGAGGAGGCGGUCAUGUCAAUUCUGCACAACUUAGAGAUGGAGAACACUGAGAUCCAUGAGAACAACCAUAAGCUGAAGAAGGAGAUUACCUUCUCUAGAAACCUGCUCAGCCAGCUCCUGAUGGAGAACACAUGUAGGAAGAAGUUGGUCCCACUGAAGCAGGAGAGCAAGGAGGUACAUCUUGAUUGUGCACUGAACCAGAAAUAUUUGGUUGACUUCAACAAGAAAGAUAAAGACCAGCAACGUCCAGACCCACCAUCAUCAGGUCUCAGAAAGUGCAAGAGAGCUGGAAUUGGACACACACCAGUAAGAGAGCAUGCUGAGGAAUAAGUUGCUUUCUCAGGAGUCCCUGAUGACAAACAUCCUGAACGGUAACAACAUUUUUUGGAUGAGUAUUCUUCCUCAGAGUUAAUUUGUCAUUUCUUAUAGACCCUAAAUUUAUGUAACACUAAGCCAGUCUGACUGAUUGAGGUCUUACUCAAUUUCUUCUUCAGAAAACACCACUUGAGAGACAACUUGGGGGACCGCCUUUCAUUAUGUGUGCUAGAGGAGAAACAGCAAUACAUCUGUGCUUCUAAAUGUUUGUUAAGAAUAUGCUGUUUAGAAAUAUUUUUGUUAUGAUUUUAAUUGAAGUUUUCUUUUUGUUGUUUCAUAUUUAUAUGUUCUUGUUACUAUUUUUCACUUUCAAAUAUUUUUACAUAUUUUUAUUUAUUCAUUUUAAUCCUGUUUUGUUGUAAAAAUGUAUUUGUUAUGAAUAAAAAUUGAAUUCUA